GUAAAAGCCGCCCUACCCGAGCUGGUGAAGGAUUAUGAAGUGAAUGUGAAGCGUCUUGCCGAGGAAAAACAGAUACCAUUACCGGAGCCAAUCGAUUAUGCUGCUUUGGGAUAUUUCCCAGAUGCUUCAGGGGGUUCGUUUGUUGUAUCUGUGUUGAGAAAAAAAUACGCGUGGAUCAGGUGGUACAUUGUUUAA